AUGUCUUCUGCCCAAAUUGUUGCCCUUCUGGUAACUGUAGCGGAUUUGGCUCUUGGUGGGCUCAUCUCCAAUGGUUUCAUUGUUACUGUGACAAUCCGUGACUGGGCUAAAAGCAAGAGCCUCGCUUCCAGUGAGCAACUCCUUCUGAGUCUUGGCAUAUCCAAUCUCUGUGCUGCAGUCAUAUUGGCUCCACAUUACUUUAGUAUAUUUUCAAAUAGCACCAUGAGCGAUGACACAAUAGCAAAACUCUUUCCUUUUUCUAUCUUCAUUGUGACAUCCAGAUUCUGGUUCACUGCCUGGCUCUGUGUCUUCUAUUGUGUCAAGAUAGUGAACAGCACUCAGUCCCUCUUCCUGUGGUGGAAACGGAAGAUAUCAUGGCUUAUACCUCGUCUUCUUGUGGGAUCUCUGAUCAUCCCGCUUUUUAUUAGCUGGAUUGCAUUCCGAAAUAUUUUGCUGGCAAUUAAAAGCAAGACAAUGGCCAAUGUUACAAAUGGGACUCAAGGAAACACAACACCAUACCUUUCUCCUGCUUUCAAACUCUCUUUUUUAAGUGUUGGUUCCGGCUUCCCCUUGCUUGUGGUUUUUCUUUGCUCCAUCCUGGUUAUCGGCUCACUCUGUAGGCACAUCUGCCGUAUGAAAGGUAACAAAUCCAGUUUAAAGAGCCUCCAAACAGAAGCUCAUCGGAAGGCAGCCAGGACAGUGCUCUGUCUCCUGGUCCUUUACAUUUCAUUUGUUGUGGCACAGGGUUUGGCUAUAGCUGCAUCUUUGGAGAGAAAAGCAGCAGUCCUUGUUACAGUAGUGAUGAUGGUGUACUCCCCUGCUCAGGCUGCCAUCUUGGUGAUGGUUAACCCCAAACUCAAGCAGGCAGCUAUGCAGAUGCUUUGAAGAAC